AAUAAAUCGAGUUAUCUCCCAUCUAACAACGAUUUAACAAACAUUUCAUGGCCAGUGGAUUCAAUUUAAAAUGGCAUCAAAAGCACCUCACAUGAUGUCUUUAUCAAAGUUUAUGCUGAGGUCAGAAGUUUUAAAAUUGUAUAGAAGUAUGUUGAGAGUUGUUCGGAGAAUUCCAGAUAAAAGUCAACAGAAGGAACUUAUAGAAUGGAUAAGACAUGAUUUUACUGCUAACAAAAAUUUACAAGAUGAGGAUGCUAUUAAAAUGAUGAUAACAAAAGGAAAACAGUCAAUGAGAGAAUUGGAGCAGUCGAUAUCUAUUUUAUGAUAAUGGAUUACAUUGCAAUGAUUGACACAAGCAGUUGAAACAAGGGUUUAGCCCUGUGAUGCCGACAUGAUGGUGGACCCUUUCGCUGUGCAAUAAAUGUAGACCUCUUAGGUCAAAUUUUUAUUCGACGGGAAACUAUGUGUAUGUGAUAAUGAAUAAAGAAUAUAGUUUUUCUA